AUGGGAGUCAUCUUGCAGAUGAAACAGGCCGCGCAAGAUGGGUUCAAGCCAACGCUGCGCCACGAGACAUUCCAAUAUGAAGCUGUGAAGCUAUAUCAUGCGGACAAGAAAGGAAGGAAGGAAAGCAGGAAGGCCGGAGUAGUUGGCUGCUCCGAUGUUACGAUGGAAACUGCGCCGUCCCUCAGUUUGGAACGAAAACUUGACACCACAGCCGUGCGAUCCGCCGAAGAUCUCGACGCAGCACAGCAGCUCAUUUCAUCUGCCAGAGGAUUGCGUCCGAUUCUAGCUUUCCCGCAACAGGACAGAGUGUUUUCAGGCAAUGAAGAUUGGCAAAGCGCCAACAAGCCCAGCAUGUCGGAUGAAAUGGAUAUGACGCCGGAUCAAGCAAACUCGGAGGUUGACCAUACCAUGUCUAGAGGACCACAGCGAUCACCAAAAAUACCAUCGGGGCGCGACACUGCCUUUCUAGGACAUUCAUGCAGAGUACACCUUUAUGGCGGAGAUCUCCAACAGGCCGACAAAACGGAAUCGGAACCGUCCGCAAUCAACUACUGGGCCAAACCCCGACUCACCAAGUACAUCACCAGCUCCAAUGACAGCCGUGCCCGAAAGUGGUUGUGGCUCUACGGGGUCAUGUCCGGGUGGUGGAAAUUGCAAUGCGGCCAGCCUGUACCCCAGCCUGCUGAAGAGCAACCACCAAAUCCGGCAGUCGAUUCCAAUAUGCCCAACGCAGAAGGUGGUGGAGAGUUGCUUGUCGCAUGUCAAAACUGUGGCACUACGGUAACGCCAUUGUGGAGACGAGACGAGAAUGGCCAUCCGAUUUGCAAUGCUUGUGGUCUGUAUUACAAACUACAUGGAUGCUACCGACCAACAACGAUGAAGAAAUCGAUCAUCAAACGGCGUAAACGAGUGGUCCCCGCAAUGCGCGAUCACUCACCAGGUGCUGGAACGCAAUCGUCAGCGGAAUCUUCCGCGUCCCCGGAAGCUCAUCCAGCACGACUUGCGCAUGGCCUUGAUAGGCCAAUGUUGGCACCACCACCUGUUGACUUUACCGGUUACAACAUGAAUGCCGCCACUACCAUACCUCACCAUCCUGGUCCCCGCCUACCAGAAAUACAGUCUACUUUCCAACGCCAAUCACAUUCCCCUGGCGCAACAUCCAACAGAGACGGCGACACUCUCCCACCGAUGGAAUCAUCCAAUCAACUUCCGCCAAUAAUGUCUCAAACGUACCCUACCCCUCCAGCCCGGCUUAGCCCUAUUUCUUCAAUAUUGAAUCCCGGCGCAAAUCCGGCAGAUACCACCAAGAUGCCUGUAGGUGGUGGCUACCGUCACUCACAAUCCCCGCCCAUCCCGUCUCCAGGGCAAUCGGACGCUUACAAAUACGAGCGACGAGUGCAGCUUCAACGAGAAGCCGAGUUAAUGCGAGAAGCAUUGAAGGCAAAGGAACGCGAAUUAGCCGAGCUGGAGUAG